AACGCGAACGCGGAGGAGAAAGUAUAAGACACCUGUCAGCACACCAGAGAGUGCCCUGGACAUCCACUUGAUCUGCCGGCUCCUUGACCUUGGAUUUCCCAGCCUCCAGAACUGUAGGUCAUCAGUGUUUCAAGGAUACAGACUGGCCCGAGCCCACACCAUGGAAGAGAAGAGGUUGGCUAUGCAUGCAUUCAACUACGUUGUACUUGCCGCUCUCUGCAGAAUGUCUCUGGCGUACCCUGCAAGUCUUUGGCAGCCAGUGCUGCUGUCUCGGAACUAUGCUCACUCUCUUUGCCUGGAAUUCACUGUCAGAUCUCGGGCCAGUCCUGGACAGCCCUGGUUUGUAGUGCAGGGCUCAGUGGAUACAGCACCUUUCCUCCAAUAUGACAGCAACAGCAAUAGGGUCAAACCUUUGGGGGCUCUGGGAGAGCAGGUCAAUGCCACCAAAGCCUGGGAACAAUUGACCCAAACACUGGGAGAAGUCGGGCAAGAGCUCAGGAUGAUCCUACCUGAUGUCACACUGCAGGAAAACAAAACCAGAGAUCUGCCUAGCCUGCUGGCCACGAUGCUUUGCCAUCGCAAAGGAGAACAGAGCACUGGUGCGACCUGGCAGUUCAGCAGCAUCGAGAGGAAGAUGUUCCUGAUUUUUGAUGCAAUGAACAUGAACUGGACCACAGUUAAUACCAAGGACGGAGAGCUCAAGGAGAAGUGGGAGAAGAACAGGGACCUGGCAGAGUUUUUGCGGAAGAUCUCAUUGGGGGAUUGCAAUCACUGGUUCAAAGAAUUCUUAGAGCACUGGGAGGAGAUGCCAGUACCAACAAUGAAGACUGCAAACACUAACCAGUUUUUAUUGAUACUGGGGAUCAUCGCAGCGGUCUGCAUCUGCUUAGUCCUGAUUGUCAUCUUCAAAAUGGCCAUUAUAAGAACAUGAGCUGUGGACGGUUGAAGAACACUCCACACCAGAGAGCGUGGCUCAGCUCACCAGAGUUCCUUAAUGCCUGGCGGUUGCUGUUUUCGGGCUCUUUCAUCUCUACAUGGGCACCAGAGAAUGUCAAUCUUUUUAAAUGCACCAUAUUGAUGUCAGUCCUAACACUCUUCCCGCUCCCAUGAAGCAUAUCAGUAAUUUAUGGAAUUUGGGAAAAGAGUUCUUUUUCUGAUUGUCAACCAUGGAUAUGACAUAUAAGCAUGCAUCCACUAAAAGACAUACUCAGGGAGCCGGCACUGUGGCGCAGCAGGUUGAAGCCCUGGCCCGAGGCACCAGCAUUCCAUAUGGGUGCCGGUUCGAGUUCCUGCUGCUCCUCUUCUGAUCCAGCUCUCUGCUAUGGCCUGGGAAAGCAGUAGAGGUUGGCCCAAGUCCUUGAGCCCCUGUACCCACAUGGGAGACCUGGAAGAAGCUCCUGGCUCCUGGCUGAGGAUUGGCGCAGGUCCAGUCAUUGCAGUCAUCUGGGGAGUGAACCAGAAGAUGAAAGACCUCUCUGUCUUUACCUCUCUCUGUGGCUCUGUCUUUCAAAUAAAUAAAAUAAAUCUUUUUUUUUAAAAAAAAAAAAGACAUACUCAGGAAUGUUCCUGGCAGGCUUAUUCAUUGUAGUCCCAAGCUGGGAAACAACUGAUGGGUAUUCACGUUACCUUCAUACAUUUACACUGUUUAUACUACACUGUGAAUUCUGUACAACACAAAAAUACUGUGACACACAGCAACACACAUGAGGUUGUCAAACUGUAAUAUCUUGGUUCAUUAAAUGAAGCUGAAAAACAGUUAAUGGUAAUAUAAGCUAAAAUAGGGGUUACCCCUAAGAAAGGUGGUUGGGUAGAAAAAGGCCUCAGGGAGCUUCUAUGUGUUAAAAAUACUGUUGAUCUAUGUGGUGUUACUCAGGUGUGUAUGUGAGAAUUCAAAAGAUUUACUUAAAUUCACUAUAUUUGAUACUAAAACUUAUUUUAAAUAUAUGGUAUUUAAAAGAAUGAUGUGUUAAUGUAGAUAUAGAAAGAAUAGACCAAUAGAACAUAAAAGAUAACAAUAAACCCAAGAAUGUCUGGAAACUUGAUAUUCAACAGUGUUAAGAUCUGUUAGGCCAUUAGGGCACAAAUAGUUAAUCCCAAAUCUGAUCAAAUCAGGUGCAAAUAGAUACCCUAAAACCUAUUGCUCAGUAUUCCAUCAGCCAAGCACACACUUUUAUGAGUGUGUCUCCCAAGACAUACCAGACAGAAUAUACAUUGUAAAUAAAAGGCUUCAGCUGACAAAUGCCAAUGGGGCUUUCUGCACAUUCAGGCCUACCUUAUUGUGAUCCAUGUGGAUUUCCGUAUAUACACAAGACCCCCUCCCCAACAAGUAGCUUAAAAAGGGAUUCCCCAUCUGCUUCUGGGUUGGCUGAAAUCUCAGUUAAGACCCCUAAAUCUAACAUUUGUUGCCAAAACCCAGGAAGGUGAUUCUGAGGCAGUUGGUCCGUGGAGAAUCUCCUCUUCUCCAUUGCUCCUUGGACAUACCACUCUUGUCAAGCUCCAGGGAAGUGAGGUCAGUCCUUCUGAGUCCCCUCA